GUUCAGUUGUGUUUUCUGUUUUAGUUCGUGUAGUACACUUAAAAUUUUUUUGCAUGAUAUUAUCAAAGCCCUUUUUAAUCCACAAUCAAACCGACAAUGUCUCUAUUUCAUCUCCCUUCCGUAAUUCAUCAUCCGACUCCAAUAAAAACACUUGGGGAACCUCUUUUUCUUUUCUUCUCUCUUCCAAUCUUCACUUUCAUUCAAUUUCGCAGAGGAAAGGUGAAGAGAGGCUAGAGAUGGAUGAAACCACUGACGAAUGUGUUUAUCAAACAACUGAUAAGUGGUAUGAUAUAGAGCAUGUAGAAAAUGUGCUAGCCAAUAUACUCUCAAGGGUUCCAGUUAAGUCACUUUUAGUAUGCAAAUCCGUUUGCAAGCGUUGGCGUCGGUUGAUAAGUAGUCAGGCUUUCAUCGAUGUGCAGCUACUCUGGUCUCAAAAAAACUCUGUUUACAUUGUUUAUCCUUACAUGGAUAUGAUGAUGAAGUUAUAUUUGGUGAAUAACAGCGGUGAAAUCACUAAAAGUAUCAACUUCCCGUAUUGUGACAACCUUUCUCUGCUUACGGUUGUUUGUUCUUUUGAUGGUUUGCUUUGCUGUAUCAACUAUCCGUGGAAAGUGGACUCAGGCAUGGUAGUUGAGGAUGUAACAGAUGUGGAAAUCCGUAUCUGCAACCCGGUUACCAAAAAGGCUCUAUUGCUUCCAAGAGGUAGUCCGUCCAAAGAAAAGCCUUCCAUCGGGGUUGCUUUUGGUCCAAAAAUCAACGAAUACAAGAUAUUCCGAUUUUUCAAUGCCAAGCGCAUAUCUCUGGCUAAACAUCAAUCCCGUGUCAAUCGUCGACAAUGUGAGGUAUAUUCAUCAAGCACAGGAUCCUGGAGUGUCAUAGGUCGGGUACCGUACUAUCCCAUGCAUUCUAGCCAUAGUCCCCUCGGGUCCAACCAUGUUUUCGUCAAUGGAAAGAUAUAUUGGUUCAUUGCUUCCAAUGAAGAUCCACUUAUCCCUGGCUCAAUACUUAUGGCUGAUAUAGAGGAAACCUUUGAAACUAUUAACCUUCCGAAAGAGGUCACAGAGCACUCAUACUUGGUCAAUCUCGAAGGCCAUUUAUCCCUAGUUGCUGUAUAUGACGAGGAUGAGAUCGUGAAUAUAUGGAUUCUCAAAGACAGGAAUGAGCCUAAAUGGGAGCUGAAAUGCAGCGAUCACAUCCCAUUCUCGAAUGAUGAAUGUGUUGAAUUUGCAGUCGCGAGGGAGAAUGAAAUUUUCUUCAUAACUUCAAACCAUCACUAUAUCUAUGAUCCGGAACACGGGUUUUGGCAGGAGCUUGAUUUAUCGAGCAUUUCCGAAAAGAAAUUCCCCGUUGCUUUCGCAUACACUGAAAGCCUUCUUUCAUGUGGUGGACGUAUGGACCCUCGGAUGGAAUACAUCUCCGACAAAAGAAGCAUAUGAGAUAUAACUCUCUUCAUCGGUCUCUAGCAAUCGAAGCAUCCAAAGAUGGGGAUAUCAAUUGCCGUCGCCAUUUUCUUCUUGCCGUGUUCGGGGGAUGGCAAUAAUAUUUACCGUGUUUUAUCUUCAUCUUUACAGUGCUGUAAGGUUGUCUGUGGCAGUGACUUAGUCGGAUAAUGUAAGAAAAGCUAAAUAAAAAUAUAUGUUUAUUUAGAA